AUGCUGCAUGGCGGCCGCCUCGUCCAGCGCCUUGCUCCCUUCCGCCGCGUCUUCAGUGCUAUGACCAGCACGCCACCUACCUUCCGUCUUCAGCGCACACGCGUUGCCCUCGUUCAGCUCGGGGGGAUAGGCACGGACAAGUCGGCGAACUUGACGCGCGCACGAUCUGCGAUCUUGGACGCUGUACAGCAGGCGCCUCAGGGCGCCGUGGAUAUGGUCGUCUUGCCUGAAUGCUUCAACUCUCCAUAUAGCGUGGACCAGUUUGCGAAGUAUGCUGAGUCAUUUUCGGGUCUAUACGAACAGGUCAAACACAUGGGCCACACCGAGACCGUGUCAGACGGAGCGCAUGCCUGGCCUAUUGACAACAAAGACGCGGAACACCCCGUCACACUAUCAUCCCAAGCGCUGGAAGCAAGCCCGACGCUGGCCAUGCUCAGCGAUGUAGCCAAGGAAAUGGGUGUCGUGCUUGUCGGCGGCAGUAUGCCAGAGCGCGACGACGCCACCGGCCGCAUCUACAAUACGAGCUGCGUGUUGGACGCCCAGGGUCGUGUGCUUUCGCUGCAUCGCAAACUCCAUCUAUUUGACAUUGAUAUACCUGGCAAGAUGACAUUCCAAGAGAGCAAGACACUGGCGGCAGGCGACCGCAUCACGGUGUUUGACUGCUCGCUAGGCCGCUUUGCCCUCGGCAUCUGCUACGACUUGCGUUUUCCGGAAAAUGCCCUGAUUGCUGCGCGCCUAGGAGCCGGCGCCAUCCUGUACCCGGGAGCCUUCAACACGACAACGGGCCCUGUGGCAUGGGAACUUCUACUGCGUGGUCGCGCGAUCGAUAAUCAGGUGUAUACGAUCGGAUGCUCGCCUGCCCGGCCACCGACCGGCUACCCCGCAUGGGGUCAUAGCACCGUCGUUGACCCUUUGGGACAGGUGAUCGUGACAUGCGAUGAGGCAGAAACUGUCGUGUAUGCGUCUCUGGAUCCUGAGCGCAUCUCCGACGUGCGCAAAAUGGUGCCGAUAUCCACACAACGUCGCUUUGACGUGUACCCCAACGUAGCUGCCGCACCGUAG